UUUAAUAUUAAUUUAUGAUGGAAAUUGAGGAUUGGGAAAAAAGAUCUGAAAACACUCCGCUUAAAGUACACAUGAUUGCUGGUUGCUUAGCAGGAUUGAUUGAACAUGUAUCAAUGUUGCCAUUAGAUAAUGUGAAGACUCAUCUUUAAGUGCUCCCUGAUUCGAAGUUCUCGUAGACAGUUUCAUCUUUGAGGAAAUAAGGAUUAAAGACUUUCUUUAAUGGAUAUGGAGCAGUCACAGCAGGUUGUAUGCCAGCUCAUGCAUUUUAUUUCAGUAGUUACGAGAUUUUGAAAACUCUUCUGAAUGUUAAUGAUGAAGAUAUCCAUCCUUAAGCCUUUGCUUUUAUCGGAGCUGUAUCAACUCUAUGGCAUGAUCUAAUUAUGGUACCAUUUGAUGUUAUAAAAUAAAGAUAGCAAAUCUAAGAGAAGAGUUUCAAGAGAACAGUCAGAACAGUCUUAAAGUAAGAAGGACUGAUCGCAUUUUAUCGAAGUUUUCCAAUCACUUAUUUAAUGUCUGCCCCUUAUUAGGCCAUAUUUUUUGCUGCCAAUGAAACUACCAAGACUUUAAUGUUUAAGAAAUCAGAACAUAAUUUUGUCACCCACUUCUGUUGUGCGGCUUUGGCAGGAUGCGCAGCUGUUUGUGUUAUGAAUCCAUUGGAUGUUGUCAAAACCAAAUUACAGACUUAGAGUUGGCAUCUUAACUCCUCCUAAGUUAAAUAUAAUUCCUUCUUUGGAACUAUAAAAACAAUAUUGAAAGAAGAGGGUUAUCUUGGUUUCUAUAAAGGAUUGCUACCAAGAUUAUGCAUGUAGACUAUGUCUGGAGCUACUGCAUGGGCAAGUUAUGAAUUCAUUAAAAGAAAACUACUUCCUCUUUCACAUGUUAAUUGAUUAAUUCUUAUAAUUGUACAAUAUAAUUUAGUAUAUAUAAAUUAAUA